GCGCAUCACCACGAGCUGAUCGACAGAUAGCAGGAUGUUGAGGCAGUUUAAACUCCUUCUAAACUGUAUCUUUGCAAUACUCAGAAUCUAUUCAAGGAGGAGGAUUGAAUCAACUUAAAAUAUAUAUAGGCCCCAUUUUAUUGAUUAAUCUACUUCACUUUUCUUCUUUGAACAGAAAACAGCAGCCAAGAUAUGAUCGGAAAUCAAUGUUGUCUUCAUGGCCGCUAGAUGGGGCCAAAUAUUAAGAUACCCUCCUGCAUUAUCUGUUUCACUCACCCCCUGACAGUAGAGUACUGCUGUAGGAAAAGGCUGUUGACACAAAAAAAGUUAGUUCUACCAACCAACUGUCUGUCUAUGACAUUUGAUCUAUCUACAUCCAGUAGCAGAAGACACAUCUCAACAAUGCGCCGCAAUCCAUCAUCACCACUGAUGAACACUUGACUCGUGAAGUGAUAGUGAUAGUGAUAGUGUUUCGCUGUUCCCCUGGGCCGAUCACUACCGCCCUGUCAUCAGCAGGGUCGCUCGUACACAUGCUUCCUGUUUGGCUUCAGUCUGUCAGCCACUACAACAUGGGGAGCCGGAGAAAGGACAGCUUCCUUUGGGGAAAAGUUCCCUCCAGUGUCAUGGACCGGAGGCAGGAACGGAGAAACACCCCCCAACCACAGAAGCUGAGGUUGGAGAGCGAUGACGUCAUGACCGCUGAACCGAGCGCUGAGCUGCAGGAGCAGAGCAAAAUCCAAAUAACGAACAAGAGGUUCUUAAGUGGGAAAAAGAAAUUCAACACAGACCCAAAAAAGGGUAUCAGCUACUUGGUGGAGCACGGGCUACUGGAGUGGACGGCACAGAAGAUGGCCGACUUCUUGUACAAGGAGGAAGGACUCAACAAAACGGCCAUCGGAAACUUCCUGGGAGAGAGGGAGGAGAUGCACCUGAAGGUCCUCAAGGCCUAUGUGGACCUUCACGAGUUCUCCGACCUCAACCUGGUUCAGGCUCUGAGACAGUUCCUGUGGAGUUUCCGCCUGCCUGGGGAAGCCCAGAAGAUCGAUAGGAUGAUGGAGGCGUUCGCCUCUCGUUACUGUGACUGCAACACAGGAGUGUUCCAGUCCACAGACACCUGCUACAUCCUGUCCUUCUCCAUCAUCAUGCUGAACACCAGCCUCCACAACCCCAACGUGAAGGACAAGCCCAGCCUGGAGCGCUUCGUCUCCAUGAACAGAGGCAUCGACCACGGAGGAGACCUGCCCCAAGAGCUGCUCAUGAAACUGUACGAGAGCAUUCGCAACGAGCCCUUCAAGAUCCCGGAGGACGAUGGGAAUGACCUCACUCACACCUUCUUCAACCCUGACAGAGAAGGCUGGCUCCUCAAAAUAGGAGGCAGGGUAAAGACAUGGAAAAGGCGGUGGUUUAUCUUGACUGACAGUUGCCUGUACUAUUUCCACUAUACCACUGACAAAGACCCUAUAGGGAUCAUUCCACUGGAGAACCUUUGUGUCAGAGAGAUCCAGGAUUCAGGCAAACAGUAUUGUCUGGAGAUCUACAACCCCGAGGGGCAGAAGAUCAAGGCGUGUAAGACAGAGACCAGAGGCAGGGUGGUGGAGGGGAAGCACCAGUCCUACAGGAUGAGGGCCGCGUCGGCCGGAGACAGAGACCACUGGAUCCAGGCCAUCAGGGCGAGCAUCACCAAGGACCCGUUCUACGACCUGGUGACCUUGAGGAAGAGGAAGGUCAUCACCAACCACAGGCCUGAGGCCUGAGGAAGAGGAAGGUCAUCACCCACCACGGUCCCCAGGCCUGAGGAAGAGGAAGGUCAUCACCAACCACAGGCCUGAGGCCUGAGGCCAGAGGAAGGUCAUUACCCACCACGGUCCUCAGGCUAGAGGAAGCCUCCAGGAAGCAACGAGAACUCUGUGUUUCAACAUCCGUUUGCACAUUUACAUUUUCAUCUCUAUGCUCAAAGCAUGACUGUGUUCAGGACCUCUCUCUGUCAGCGACCCUGUCUGGAGGAGGGGAUCCUUCACUGGACUGCUCCUCAAAAGCUUUCUUCCAUUCUGUCUGUUUUCCUGUGACUGUCUCCUUGUCUUCCUCGAGGGUUUAGGUUGGUUUAGGGUGCUCUUCUGUGGGCGUAUGUGAAGCGAUGCUUGACAUGGCUCAGAUGAAGGGCCGUACAGAUGCAUGUGGUACUAGAUGAGCCCCAGUGGACUGCUCUUCAGUCUAGGCAUCUUCACGCUUCUCACUCAAACAGAACUUCAGACAUGUACUACAGUACUGUGAGGUAUAGUGCAAUUUGCCAUUAACAAUGAACCACGCUGAAGUCUCAAAUAGCUACUGUAAACAUCUAAAAAAUGGUUGAGUUACUUUAAUGUUCUCAAUGAAGGUUAGCCUCAUAGGAUGACGUUUCAUUUAAGCUCCAUGUGUAUGGAGUGGAAGGUAUUUCCUUUUUAAAGGUCUGGUAAAGAAAACACAUUUUACCAAUGCCUUUGUUUAGUUUAGUUUUGUUAUAAGUUAACAUACUGGAAAUGGAACCUGUUUCAUUUCCAUGUCAGCGAUUCACUUCCUCUGGUCAGUUCCUGUCCCUGAGCUGUUUCAAACUAGUCUUCCUGUUACCAUGAUGUUUAGAAAUGGCUCUUCAAACCGACACAAGUAUCUAUCAACAAUUGAUCCAAUAUUUGUAAGCUAGUUUCUUGCUUUGUGAUGAGAUCAUCCAACAGUGCGAUAACUAAAUACUAUAAUAAUAUAAAUAUGUAUUUAUACAAACAAACGUUUUCAGUGUUUUUUUAAUAUUUUAUUUUAUUAAAAACUAUAAUACAUUCCUGGCUCUGGUGUUAUAAUUGUAAUAUAUUUGUCUUUAAAUGUCUACAGAUGUUACAAAACACAUUUCUUUAGCUAAAUCAAGUGACCUUGUAAAAAAUAUUUGUUGACACAUUUAUUAAUAAAGUUGUACCGCACUGUGCA